AUGAGGAUCAUCAAAAGUAGAAAACGAGGCAAAAAUAAGAAACCAUCGUUGAUCUUAAAAAUUCAUGUCAUUCAAGCGGAGAAUAUAGACGCUAUCAAGACUUUCAAUUGUAACCCCGUAUGCUUUGUUACCACCAACACAUUUUAUAGUCAGAAGACUAGCAAGCUGAAGAACUCAAAUACACACUGGAACCAAACGUUAAAGAUCAAGCUUCCGAGAAGUCCGAAAUCUGAGUGGCUGAGGAUUAUAGUAUAUGACGCUUUGCCAACGGGUACCGCUCCAACGACCCCUAACAGAUCAAGGACGACUACAGCGAAUACUUCCACAACCACGCUGUCGAAUUCUGGACAAAAUUCCCACUCUCACUCAUCCAGAAAUUUAGCCCUAACGUCCAAAAGUAACCAAACUUCCACAUCCAUCAAUUCAGCAUCGACCACAACCGCGACUGUCGCUUCCAAUUCCGCUUCAUCUCUAUCUACAUCAAACUCCGGCUCGACACACAAGACUAAGACGAGUAGCUACUUGUACCUAGGUGAGGCAAAAAUCUCAUUGCUUGAUCUAUUUAAAAGAAGGGAUACUACAACGAGCUAUAAGUUUUCGAUCGAACCUCAAUGGUACCAUCUGUACGAUAUGAAAAGAGGAAAUCAGCAGAAUCAAUCGAGCUCUGAUUGUUUCGUGGGUGAUAUUUUGCUUGGGUUUAAGUUGGAAUGUAAUUUGAAAAAAAUGCCAACAUUUCAGGCUUUCAAUAGCUGGAGGAAUGAAUUAAAUGAUUAUUGGGGCAAAAUGGAUAGAAAUAAAGCCCGUAUGAGAUCUUCUAGUUCUUUACCGCCUCCACUAGAAGACACGCCGAGUAAUAGUUCAGGCUUUAGCGAACAAGAGAUAUCACGUAAGAAAGCAUACAGUGAUGACGAACUAGUCCAUGGAGAAGAAGAUGAAGAAGAAGAGGCCGAUGCUGAAGAUGAUAUUGAUGACGAGGAUUUUAUAGAAGACGAAAACAGUAGCGACAAUAUAUCUAUAGAAAGGACAUAUGAUAUAGAUAACGAUACUGUAUACGAUUCAAUGUCCGAAGUUGCCUCGCUAAAUGAUGAAGGACUAGAAAUUUUGAACGAUUUCGAAGAUGUGGAUAAUACUAGCAUGGCAGAUAUUAGCGUGCAUGACAUCGAAGAGGAGACAUGUAUGAGUUUAUCUUCGAUGAUAACGGCGCUAGAUGAAUAUGACGUCGUAGAACCAGAAGACGUUAGGCGAUUCCCAGUAGCAUCGGAAAAUGAGAUAACAUCGAUGGAUGAUGAUGAAUCUGAAAACCAACGGGGGAGUGAUGAAGAAUUCGACAUAUAUAAUGAAGACAAAAACGAGGAUACAGAUUCUCGGUCCAACGAAUACGUUGGAAGUCGACUUUUACAUUUACAAAGAGGAAAACGUAACAGAUCCUAUGCGAGUUACUUACACAGAAGAGCGAAAAGUAACUUCUUCAUAUCCAAAAAAGAGCACGCCACCGGGGUUGUAUUUAUGCAUAUAGAAGCUAUCAAGAAUUUGCCCGCUUUAAGAAAUAGAUUAUCUAAGACCAAUUAUGAGAUGGAUCCAUUUGUUGUCAUUUCAUUUGGUAGGAGAGUAUUUAAAACGUCCUGGAGAAAGCAUACUUUGAACCCGGAGUUCAAUGAAUAUGCUGCCUUCGAAGUAUUCCCUCACGAAACGAAUUUUGCUUUCAAUAUUAAAGUUGUUGACAAGGACUCAUUUUCGUUUAAUGAUGACGUUGCAAAAUGCGAACUUGCCUGGUUUGAUAUGUUGCAACAACAACAACAUCAAAACGAAUGGAUACCUUAUGAAAUACCCUUGGAUCUUACAGUGGAACCGCCACACGCGCCCAAACAAGCAACGUUAUACUCGCACUUCAAAUAUGUUUCCUAUACUUCUUUGAAAAACAACUUUUGGAAAGAAGCCGUUAACACAUCAAUCACUUUAGAAAGGCUCGAUAUCGUUCAAGUGAUGCUUUAUCUCGAACGUCUUGGUUCAUUUGCGAUGACUGAUUCUUUUGAACUAUUCCAGCAUUUUGAUAAACUAGUUUGGGCGGGAGAGACCAUCACUAGAUCUCAAUUGAUUGAAGGGUUACAAACAUGGAGGAAAUCCACCAAUUUUAGGCGUAUUUGGACAUGCCCUAGGUGCUUUCGUUCAUGCAAACCUACCAGAAAUGCUAGACGAUCCAAAUUAGUUCUGGAAAAUGACUUGAUAACACAUUUCGCUAUAUGCACAUUUUCAAAAAAACACAAAACUUUGAAACCUUCAUACGUUUCCUCUGCAUUUGCUUCCAAAAGAUGGUUUUCAAAAAUUCUAAUAAAAUUAACCUAUGGUAAGUAUGCUCUAGGAUCUAACAACGCAAAUAUUCUGGUACAAGACCGUGACACGGGGAUAAUCAUAGAGGAGAAAAUAAGCGCACAUGUCAAGUUAGGGAUGAGAAUCAUCUACAAUGGCAAGAGUCCAGAGUCCAAGAAAUUUAGAUCCCUAUUGAAGACAUUGUCCGUUAGGCAAGGAAAAAAAUUUGACAGCACUGCAUCUGCUAAACAAAUCGAACCUUUCGUUAAAUUUCACUCUCUGGAUCUUUCGCAAUGCCGAGAUAGGGACUUCAAGACAUUCAAUGAAUUUUUUUAUAGAAAAUUGAAACCAGGAAGUCGGUCACCUGAAAGCACCAACAAAGAAAUAUUCUUCUCACCGGCUGAUUCAAGGUGUACUGUAUUCUCAACUAUACAGGAAUCAAAAGAAAUAUGGAUAAAGGGCAGAAAAUUUUCCAUCAACAAAUUAGCCAAUGGCUAUAGUCCCGAAAUAUUUAACGAUAGUAAGUGCAGCAUCGGUAUAUUUAGACUGGCGCCACAAGAUUAUCAUAGGUUUCAUUCACCAUGUAAUGGUAAAAUUGGGAAACCUAUAUAUGUGGAUGGUGAAUAUUAUACUGUAAACCCAAUGGCUGUUCGCAGCGAGUUGGAUGUCUUUGGUGAGAACAUAAGAGUUGUCAUUCCCAUUGAUUCUCCUGAGUUUGGCAAACUGUUGUAUAUACCAAUUGGUGCCAUGAUGGUUGGAUCGAUAUUAUUGACGUGCAAAGAAAACGAUGUAGUUGAAAGUGGGCAAGAACUAGGAUACUUCAAAUUCGGUGGAUCCACUAUUGUAAUUGUUAUCCCACAGGAUAACUUCAUGUUUGACUCAGAUCUUGUUAAAAAUUCUUCGGAGCGUAUUGAAACGCUAGUUAAAGUUGGGAUGAGUAUUGGACAUACAUCGAGUGUAAAUGAGUUAAAGAGAAUUCGUAUCAAAGUAGAUGAUCCAAAGAAAAUAGAACGAAUUAAAAGAACGAUCAGUGUAAGCGACGAAAACGCUAGAGCCGCUGGGAAUGCCACAUGGGAAUAUCAUACGUUGCAGGAAAUGAUGAACAAAAGUUUGGCUGAGCUUUGA